AUGAAGGACACCUUGUUCCCCUACAUCACGGACAACAUUAAGGAGUACCUGCGCGCGCACUGGGAGGAGGAGGAGUGCCAGCGGGACGUCGGGCUGCUGCGCAAACAGGCUCUAGAGGACUCCAGCUUGGAUGGAGUUGUCCCAAUCCCUCUGGAGAGCGGGAGCGGCGAGGAGGAGCUGGAGCGGGUUAUCCAGGCCGUCGUGGACAACGUGCGCUGGCAGAUGUCCCUGGACAGAAAGACCACAGCGCUGAAACAACUGCAGGGCCAUAUGUGGAGGGCGGCCUAUGCAACAGGACACGUGAAAGGAGAAGUCUUUGAGGAUGUGGUUCCAGCCAUCCGGAAGUGGAGAGAAGCAGGGAUGAAGAUCUACAUCUACUCCUCAGGGAGCGUGGAAGCCCAGAAGCUCCUSUUCGGCUACUCUACAGAAGGUGAUAUUCUAGAGCUCUUUGAUGGCCACUUCGAUACCAAGAUAGGUCCCAAGGUAGAAAGCGAGAGCUACAGAAGGAUCGCGGAGAGCAUCGGGUGUGCAACUAACAACAUCCUCUUCUUGACCGAUGUCCCUCGAGAGGCGAACGCUGCCGAGGAAGCCGAUACCCACGUGGCUGUGGUCAUCAGGCCUGGCAACGCGGGGCUGACGGACGACGAGAAGUCCUAUUACAGCCUCAUCUCAUCUUUCACUGAACUUUUCCUGCCUUCCUCCACCUAGGGAAGGGGGGGCACGCACAGACGGCUGUGCUUCCCCUCGGUUGUCUUCGUGUAACCUUAGUUAACUAUGUCAGUAAUCAGAGUUUAAAGCCAAACCCACAUCAUGUUUUGGACCCACAACUAGGGCAGGUGUGGUGGGGAGAACGGCGGCGGGUUCCUAAUGCACUAGGACUGCAAAAGCCUGCCAGGAGCUGCGAGCAGUCUGAGGAGCAAGGCCCACGAACGCUGCUUUUCCUUGGCUUUCCAGGUAGGAAUUAGCCCGGAGGAGGCUUCCCUCCAGGUCACUUAAUUGCGUCCUGGUGCUGAGGAGCCCCUUCGGGAGCAGCGUCCUCCCCGAGAGCGUUCUGCAAACAGAGCUUGCGUCCCCACUUCUCCCAGAGGGCAUCAGGAGGCAAAACAAGCUUCACCCUGAAGAGGGCAUUUCUGCCUCACGCAUUAAGUUAACCGUCUCAAAGUUAGGCCCGUAUCUAUUGAAAAACUAAAUCCUAAACUCACCUCAUGGCGCUACUGAGUGCUGUGGAGCUGUAGGGGCCAAGCAGCUGCAUYGCUGACCCAUUCCCACUGAGCAGCUGCUCAGCAGCAAGACCAACCAAUCCCAGCACCUGGGAGCAGCUCUUUAUAUGGGAUUGCUGCUAACGGGUGCAUCCUGCUGSAUUCGUUGAGCACUAAAACCCGAGCCUUUUCGCACCCCCCUGCCUAAAUUGUGCCAGUUUAUACCAGAUGCUCACGGAGCUUCUCCUACUGCAGUCAAUGAAAACRCCAGUUUGCUUUCACUGUGUUGGCUCUGCUGCAGUAUUUAGCUGUCCUGUCUGUCACUGACUCCAUCACUUAAAGGCAGCUCUAUUUUUUUAAACCCGUAAACACGUCGUUUCUUCCGCUUUAUCCUUCCUGGUCCAAUUCUUUGAGGCAGGCGAGCCUGCCCCUCUAAGGAAGCAGCACUACCUCCCAAAUCAUCCUGUGAUUCGAGCAGGGUACAAAGGCUCAGAAACAAAUAAGAGCAGGAACAGGGGCGGCGUGAAACCUUGAGACCCCGUUCGCUCCUGCUGGGACCUUGUUCCUGGGGAUCAUUAGCUGGUUUCUGUAGGGCUGGGCAUGAGCCUGCGCUCCUGGCUCUGCGCUGAGAGCGCCCAAACAGAAUCCAAACGCUCUCCCGAACUCUGAUGUAUGUCUAGAUGUCCGUGCUGAGGCUGUUGGGUAGACAACAAGCCUGAGAAAGGCAUUUGGGGAGGAAUUCCCCUCAUGCCAGCACCGUAAAACACUGAUGGUAGCAGGCAAGGCUUGGAAGCAGAGGCAGUGCCUUCCCGGGCCUGAUCUGCCCCCCAGAACAAGCCUGCUAAUUCGCAGCUGUUACAAGGAGUGUAUCUGCAUGGCUGACUAGUCCC